AUGGCUCCAUACUGUCAGCUAAUUAUCGAUACACCAGAGUUUCAGAGACUACGAUUCAUCAAGCAGCUUGGAAGCACUUGUUAUGUGUUUCCUAGUGCCGUCCACACGAGAUUUGAACACUCAAUAGGCGUAAGUCACUUGGCGAGUAGGCUCGCAGAAUCACUUGCACGUGAUAAUAAAACUAUUGAAAAAAGCGACAUCGCUUGCGUGGCGAUCGCUGGUCUCUGUCACGAUCUCGGACAUGGUCCCUUCUCUCACGCCUUCGAAAAAAUUGUUCCACCGGGCAAGAAUGGCGAGAAAUGGAGUCACGAGGAGCAAUCAGUCAUCAUGUUUGAGUACAUGAUUGCACAUAACGAACUGCGUAGAAAACUGAAAGAAUACAACAUCUACGAGCAAGAAAUCAACUUCAUCUGCGAAAUCAUCGUUGGUCGUCCAAGAGGGGAAAACAGCAAACUGAACACCAAGUUUUAUCUGCACCAGAUCGUGAAUAAUAGCAUCAAUGGAGUAGACGUGGACAAAUGGGACUACGUUACACGAGAUGCUCUCUAUCUUGGCAUGAAGUCUGCGUUCGACUUUAACCGCAUUAUGCCAUUUGUUAAGGUGUAUGACGUAAACAGAGACGAGGAUAAAAGGAAAGAACUUUGCUUCAGAGACAAGGUGGCCAGUGAUCUAAAUCACAUGUUUCUCACACGCCGUCGUCUUCAUUAUGCAGCUUAUCAACACAGAGUCAGCAGGAUCAUCACAAUCAUGCUGAAGGACGCCUUCCUGGCUGCCAGUAAUGAUCUGAUAUUCAUAGGCAUAGACGGAAAGAAGUACGAUCUCUUAGAGUCUGUCCAAGAUCCGAUGGCCUUUUGCCAAGUCAACGACACCAUCUUAAACGUGAUCAUGCUAUCACAAGGAAAACGAAUGGAGAAGGCACGGGAGAUCAUAGAUCGGAUCCACAAAAGACAGCUGUAUCAGUGCAUUGGAGAAUAUCAGCAUGUCGAUGGUGUGAUGCAUUCCUCGAAAGGAAGUGAGAUCUUGGAAUGGAUCCACAACCUUCGUGAGGAAUCCCCCUCAACAUCCUCGUCGUCAACAUCGUCGUCUAAAUCACCUGCUGAAGAGAUAUGGAGCCAGGGAAACAUCGAAGUUGAGGUGUCGAAUUUUAAUUAUGGGGGUGAUGAUAAAAAUCCACUUCUUCACAUUCCAUUCUACAACAAAUCAAACGGAAGCAGCUUCCAUCUUUCUACAUACAAGGUGUGCGUCAUCCUUCGAUACUCGUUCGUCGAGUGCGCUGGACCAACGCUGGACCAACGCUAUGCAUUCGUCGCCAAUCGUUGUCAAGGCGACAGGAAGUUUGAAAUGAAGCUUGAAGAACUUGCAGAAGAUCUAGGAAUUUCUAACAAUCUGCGUAAAUUUGCCUCAAAAUUAAGUUUUGGUUAUGAAGUGUGGAACCAGUACAAAUCCUCUAACACAAGACAAGACGGUCUGAUCUGCUGCGAGGGUACACUUAGCAUGCUCAUGGCCUGGAAAAAGCGAACUCCGAGGCAGAGCCAGAUUGUGGAAUUGAGGAGAGCUCUUGUUGCUUCAGGAUUCACUGAACAAGCAGAAAAGUACUUCAAUUAG